AAAGCAUGACGUAGCAAAGGGCGGAGAUUUCAGUCACAGCAGUAUCAGCACCACUAGGCGAGUUCUGGAAGUUUCUUGCAUGGUGGCUAGCUAGCGACAUGGUGAAAAGCGUAUUUUGAGUAGCCACGAUAUUUCGCCUCAUAAAUAGGUGUAUUCAGCAGAGAGUGAGAUAUAUUUAUGCAACUCCAAAGUUUGAUAGGUAAAAAAAAUCGUGGAGGGUCGGAUUUGUAGGCUGCACUUGCAGCUGUCAACUCUGGCUAAGUAGCUAGCUAGCUACUGGUUGACAGUCUUAGUCUGAUAAAAGAUUAACUGGUGAAUUGACGAUGGUUUUUUGAAUAUCAAGCGUUACUUGAGGAUACUUGUAAUGGGUAAAGACUAUUAUAAAGUGUUGGGUAUACAGAAAGGCGCCUCUGAGGACGAGAUAAAGAAGGCGUAUCGAAAGCAGGCCCUGCGAUAUCACCCCGAUAAAAACAAGUCCACUGGAGCUGAGGAUAAAUUCAAAGAGAUCGCUGAAGCCUAUGAUGUCCUCAGCGACGCAAAGAAAAAGGAUAUAUAUGACCGAUAUGGAGAAGAAGGCCUAAAGGGGCCCACAGCCGGGGGUGGUGGUCCCAACGGCCCCAACAACUACAACUACACCUUCCAUGGAGAUCCUCACGCCAUGUUUACCGAGUUCUUUGGCGGCCGCAGCCCAUUCGACCAGUUCUUCGCACGCAACGGGGACGAUGACAUGGACACUGACGACCCCUUUGCCGCAUUCGGUAUGGGAGAUGGGGGCAUGCCGGGUGGAAUGGGAGGGUUCCACCAACACCAGAGGUCCUUCAAAUCUCGGCCAGGGGGUCCCCAUGGGGGCCGGGAGAAGAAGAAAGAUUCUCCGGUGGUGCACGAGCUGAAGGUGAGCCUGGAGGAGGUGUUCUCCGGCUGCACCAAGAAGAUGAAGAUCUCCCGUAAGCGACUGAACCCGGACGGCUGCAGCAUGCGCAGCGAGGACAAGAUCCUGACAGUGGACAUCAAGCGAGGCUGGAAGGAAGGGACCAAGAUCACCUUCCCCAGGGAGGGAGACGAGACGCCCACUAACAUUCCUGCUGACGUGGUGUUUGUGGUCAAAGACAAACCCCAUCCUGUGUUCCGCCGGGAUGGCUCCGAUAUCAUCUACCCUGCUAGAGUGUCCCUCAGAGAUGCACUGUGUGGAUGCACGGUCAGCGCUCCCACUCUGGACGGCAGGACUGUGACUGUGACAUCCAGAGACGUGGUCAAACCUGGGAUGAAGAAGCGUAUCGUGGGAGAGGGACUACCCCUGUCCAAGUGCCCAGAGAAGAGGGGGGACAUGGUGCUGGAGUUUGUAGUGAAAUUCCCUGAGAAGUUGGGGCAGAGUGCCCGCGAUGCACUGACUCAGAUUCUUCCUCCUUGAAUGACUGAGUGGCUUUUUAAAGCCACCUAACAAACACUAAGACAGCCAGUUGUCUUCCUCCAUUACAGUUGUCCUUACCCUAGGCCCAGGACAGACUAGUUGUUUGGGAAUUAUACCCAUUUAUUUUGAUUCAACCUUUGAUCCAAAUUAUAAUUCAGUUAUAUAUUUAACCACCAUGAGAUAUUGACAGAGUAACAUGUUGGUCUCUGUUCUCUGAUGUUAGCUGUUCUGUUUGGUUCAUCAUUUUUUCCUGUUAAUAUUAUUACAACAUUUAGAUUUGUAUUACUUACAUGUCCUAUUGACAGUAUUACAUUUCGCAUUGGAAGGGAAAAUAAAGAAACUUCUGGGGGACCCAGUGCUAGACAUUGGAUAAUAGGUUGUGUUCGAGCAUAGGGCAGGGGUUGGUCUGGCCCUGUAGAGAUGACUGGAGCUGGUUGUUAUAAGGUCAGAGGGAUAGGUAGAGUUGAAGAUGACUGUGGCAAACAGCACUGACGUGGAAUUCGUGUGGUAUCCAGCUGUUUUGAUAGUGCUUCCAGAAUAUUUGUUCCAGGCAACUUAUCAACUAUAUCUCUCAGGAGCAGUGAUACACACCUGAAUGUAGAUAUACUUAUAAAUACAAUGCAUAUAUAUUUGGUGUCACCGGUAUUAUUUUGCAGUGAGGUAUGCGAGAGAUUCUGAAACUGAGUUAUGUUGGGGAACUUUAGAGCAAAUAGAAUUCAGGAAAUUAUUUCAGUUUAAAUGGGAGGGGCAAAACUUGGGUUUCUUGAGCACAACUUGCAAAUCAUGUUCAAACUAACCCAGAGAUAAAGGUGUGAAUGAACAUUUUUGGGAAUUCACUCCAGGCAACUCCCUACAGAUUACACAGACUUGAUACACUACAUGGCCAAAAGUAUGUGGGCAACCCUUCAAAUGAGUGGAUUCGGCCAUUUCAGCCACACUCGUUG